AUGGCCUGGAAUCAGAUUAAAUUGAGCAAAUUUAGCGACACGCCUUACAUCUUUAAGAAAAUCCAUUCGGAGAUAGCCUUGUUGAAGAACUUAAAGAAUGACAACACCAUAGUACUAUAUCUUUUCUGGAAAGACAAAACACAUAACAUCCUCAAUUUCAUCACUGAGGAAUGUGCUUCUGGUAAUUUGAGGGAUUAUAGGAAGAAGCAUCGUCACGUUUCAGUCAAGGCGUUGAAAAAGUGGUCUAGGCAAAUACUAGAGGGGUUGGAUUAUCUACACACACAUGAACCUUGCGUCAUUCAUAGAGACCUCAGUUGCAGCGACAUCUUUAUCAAUGGGAAUGUUAGAAAGGUAAAAAUCGGUGAUCUUGGAUUGGCUACAAUUGUGGGGAAGAUUCAUGCAGCACAUACAUUGCUAGGGACACCAGAGUAUAUGGCACCAGAGCUAUAUGAGGAGAACUACACAGAGUUGGUGGAUAUUUACUCAGUUGGAAUGUGUUUGCUAGAAAUGGCCACUAUAGAAAUACCAUAUAGUGAAUGUGACAGUGUAGUGAAGGUAUACAGGGAGGUGACAUCUGGAAUAAUGCCUCAAGCUUUCAAGAAAGUGAGCGAUCUAGAAUUGAAGGCCUCCAUUGAAAGGCGCAUGGGGAAACCAAGAGCAAGACCAUCUGCAGCUGACUUGCUCAAGGAUCCAUUCCUUUCUGAUGUUUAAUAUGAGAAUGAUCUCAACUGUUGAUGCCCUUCGUUUAAAUACGUACAAGUUAUUGAGAUUAUUAUUCUUUUUAGCUCAAGCUUCUUCAGAAAAUCAUUUCUGUAAGGAUUUAAGUUA